CUUAGUAAACAUUCUACAAUAUUAAGAUCAAAUCUUAUAUGAACAAAAAAAGAUAUAUAUCAAUGUAGACAGAAAUUGUUUAUAAUUUUAUCGUAAUGAUUGUGAAAAUUAGUCUAACAAAAAAUGACUAAAAUUGAUCGAUAUUGUUUACGAGGAUAUUUUCAGUAUUUGAUAAGAAUAUUAUUAGAAGAAAAAAUUUAAGAGAAUUUGAAUUGAUAAAAUUGUGUUUAAGAUUUAUGAUCAUUUUACUAAUUUUUCAGUAUAGAAGAAAAUGUUUGCAAAAAAAGUAAUCAACGAUAGAAUUUCAUCUAAUACUUUGCUCAUUUAUAGAUGUUAUGAUCAUUAAAAUUCUCUAAAAAUAUUAGUGAAAAUAUUUUCUGUUUAAUUUUUGGUUGAAGAAUCAAUUUGUUUCGAUGAAAACUUUAAAGAAAUCAUGAAGACUGUUAGAUUGAUAAACAUCCAAAAUUUCAUUGGAAAUUAUGUGGUUUUAUUUAAAAUCGUCAUUUGCCCGAGAACCAGAUAUGGAAACUGAUUUCGUUUGAAAUAAUACUAUCUAAAAGGAAAUCGAAUUACACGUAUAGAAUACGCUCUGAGUAUUAUUUUCAAUAGAUUGCUUUGCAAUCUUUAUUGAAGAUUGUAUUCACCGUAUAUUUUUAAUGAUGUUUUAAGUAUAAAGCCAACCCUUAUAAAUGUUUCAUCAUUAGUAAAAAUUGAAAAAACAAAGGCAAACUUUUAGAUCUGUUCAUCUGAAUCUUCUCUUAUCAGAAAAGGUGAAAAGUUUUUCUACUUCAUGCGACAGUUUAGAUAUGUAUUUAUUCCUUAGAACAAAAGGCUUGUUAGUGCAGUCAUUCUGGAGCUGAAAUGUGAAACUUACAUAUUCUUUGAGUCUCAUUAAACUAAUACAAAAUACGUUAAUUAAAAAUUUUCUCGUAGACUAUAGUUUAUUUUUCAAGGCAAUCAAUUGCCAGAGUAAGGAUCUUUCUUUUUUAUUUCUGCAUUUCAAACAGAACAUUUUUUUACGGGCACCCUAAUUUUGGUUUUCUUCUUUGCUAUUCGCUCGGUUUUUUUCAGUCUUGCAUCUAAUUUUUCUUAAUUUAACAUUAUUAUCAUUAUAGGCAUUGAAUUAGAUGGAAAAUAAGGCUGUUAUAAAAGUUCAUUAAAUCUACUGCAGCAUGUCCUAACGUACUAUUAUAUAUCUCGAUCAGUCCACAAAAACUGAUAUUGAUUAUUUUUUAAAGUUGUAACUCUAUCAACUCAGGCUUUUAAUGUUGAUCAUAUGUCUAAUAUUGCAAAUCAUUGUGUCACUAUCCCUCAUCGUUGACACCUUGAAUAUAAAUUUUUAUAUGUGCAAAAAUCAACUAUUGCACUAAUUACAACAUUCCCAAAACUAUUCCAACCAUUCAAUUUUCAACAAAGGCUUUGGAGUAUAGUAGACUUCUGUUAAAGGAGUUUGAUGUCAGUUAUUCUCGGCUGGUAAAGUCUAUAAUAAAGAGAGGAUAAGCCAGAAAACUUCAACUUACUUAAAACUCACACUUACUAUUUUCUUCGAAAAAAUAUUUGAGUUCUACAAAGCAAAAGAUAUAUACACAUCUACUUCAAAAAUAAACAAUUCAAAUAUGAAUUUUUUUGAGUCAAUACCUGUUUUAAUAUUUCAUGUCAUCGUUGAAAUUGUGAAAGUUGAAAUAAUGCUUUCUCAUCAGUAAUAUGCCUUCGUGAAGAAUGGACAUAGUUAUUCGAUAUCGUAUAAUCAGGGCAUAUUAGUAAGAAGUUAAGUAUUGGUAUGUCCAAUGAUAUUAAAUAAUUAUACAUCAUCAAUAUAUUGUUCAGCUCAAAAAGAAAAUGAGGAUACUAGACGAGGAGUGCCUUUCUGUCAUUGUAUAACAAGAUGAGUUCAUAUGACAAGAUGAUCAUUGAUUGUUUUUUCUUGAACUUAUAGAGCUCAAGUUUCUCUAUCUAAGAGACAUGUCAAAAUGAAAAUUUCGUCGGAAUAAAAGACCAUUAUCAUACAUUUUUUUGAAUGUUUUUCGGAAAUCAUUGAUUUCAAAAUGAUUUUGUCCUAUAUAUUAUCAAAGAAAAAGAUGUCUUCAUGUAUUCUCUUUCGAUUGCUGAAAACCACAGAUCGCCUGCUGCUUGUGUUCUCGACUUUAUCAAUUUUUAACUAAGUACCUUGAGAUAUACCCGACGUAUAGUAAAAUAGAAGUAAAUAAGUAUUGAAUAAUCACCAAUGCAUCAUAUCAAUUACAUUCAUUACUGUGUAAAUAGUUUUCUUUCAACUAUGUCACAAUAGAGAGAGAUUAAAGAUGCACGGAAUGGAAUGAGCAAUAAGUGAGAUGAAAAAGAAAAGAAAAUAAUUGAGAAUUUUAUUCAAAAAUAAUGUUUCUCUCGAUAUCGUUUAAUCAAAUUUAUAUAUUAAAAUUGUAUAACAGUUGAGGCUCUAUGAAGCCUCUUUAUUUCUUGAUCUGUACAUCAAUGACAUAUGAGUCAAAGAACUAGCCACUCUAUCAUAUGAAUAACAAAGAAAAGCUAUGAACAGUUAAAUCAAGUAUAACUUCAACUACUCUCAAGAAAAUCUUUUUUUUUUUAUUAAACAUUACUAUUCAAUUUUCCUCUAAUAUUGUCCCUUGUCUGGCUCUUUAUAUUUUGUAGAUUUCAUAGAAUUAUUUUCUCAUAUAAUAUUAUUUAGAUAUUUUUAUUUAUCGUCAUUUUGCAACAUAUAUUCCACAAAAUUGCCGUUUCAUAACUGGUCAUGGUGGUUAUGGCACAGAUUUUAAUCGACGUAAAUUGGAACGUAUUGCUAAGGAUAUGGGUUUUGCACAUGUUAAAAUUUCUGGCAUGGGUUCUACUUGGUAUGGUUCACCAUAUGAUGGAUAUUUAGUUGCUAAUCAAACAUUAUAUGGCAUGCUAUGGUUAGCACAAUAUGAAUUUGCUAUGCCAGAAAGAGAGUCUAAAUUAGGAACAUUAAUGUGGCCUGAAUGGCAUUAUGGUGUUUUACUUUUAUAUGGUCAGCACUUAGCUAUAAAUCAUUUAGUUGGUACAAAUCAAAUUCGACUAAUGAUAGGUGAUAAUCUUCUUGAUCAAUCAACAACAGACAGCACUGUGCAAUAUGCUCAACAAGGUAUACGUCUCAAUUUACAUUGCUGGCAUACAGAUUUACCUUUUUCGAAAUUUGCUUUUAAAAUGAAUCACUAUAAUCAAACUGACUUAGAAAAAUAUAAAAAUGAUACUACUACUCAAGCUUAUGCAAUGCGCAUGGCACUUGAAUCAAAAUAUAUGACACUUCAAGAAAUGGCUUCAUAUGGAAGAAAUAGAUCUUUGUCAUCUUAA